CUGAGAUCCCAGCUCAGGAACAGAAAACACCACCACUUCAGCUCCAACCCAGCAGAGAAGCACCCAGCCUAGGACUCCAGGGAGAGGCCCCUCUCCGGGUCCCUCCCUCCACCAUGGAGUACCUCUCUAACCUGGACCCCAGCGGCCUGCUCAGGUCAGUAUCCAACAUGAGCGCUGAUUUGGGCCGAAAGGUCUGGACCUCGGCUCCACCGCCCCAGCGACCUUUCCGAGUCUGUGAUAACAAGCGGACCACCCGGAAAGGCCUGACAGCCGCUACCCGUCAGGAACUGCUAGACAAGGCUCUGGAGGCCCUGGUGCUGAGUGGAGCGCUCACACUGGUGCUGGAGGAAGACGGGACCACUGUGGAGAGCGAGGAGUUCUUCCAGCUGUUGGAGGAUGACACAUGCCUGAUGGUGCUGGAGUUGGGACAGAGCUGGAGCCCCCGCAGGAGUGGGGUGCUGUCGUAUGGCCUGGGCCGGGAGAAGCCCAAGCACAGCAAGGACAUCGCCCGCAUCACCUUCGACGUAUACAAGCAGAGCCCUCGAGAUCUCUUCGGCAGCCUGAAUAUCAAAGCCACGUUCUACGGGCUCUACUCCAUGAGCUGUGACAUUCAAGGACUCGGCCCAAAGAAAAUACUCAGGGAGCUCCUCCGAUGGGCCUCCUCACUGCUGCAAGGCCUGGGCCAUAUGCUGCUGGGGAUUUCCUCCACCCUUCGUCGUGCAGUAGAAGGGACUGAGCGGUGGCAGCGGCAGGGUCGCCUCAAACCCUACUGAGCAGGGGGUCUGGCCCUAGCCUCAUUCCAAGACACACACUGGAAAGGACUGUGACGGCGUCGAGCCUGGGGGCCUGCACAGUGCAGACUGGCCAACUCACCUCAUCUCCCCACUGUCCUCUGACGUGCUGACAACAGGCCUGUCGGCACGAUCCUCCCACUCCCGGCCUACACUCGUUCCUGAAGAACACUAUCCCUUCCUGCCCAUCGUUCCAGCCUCCCGCUUACCCUCAAAGGCCACAGCCUGUCCCCAGGUGUCUGGACCCCAUUCUGAUCGCCACUACAUCUACAAGUCAUACUCCCCUGCUGUCCCUAGGCUCCUCGGUGCCCUGAACAGAGCCCUCUCUAACCUCACCUUGCGAUCUCUCUCUGUACCCUUCCCCCUGCAACAUAACAAAAGUGUUUCCAAUAAAAAUAUAAAAAUGUU